UGAGUCGGCCGCCCGCCACCCUCACCGCGCUUCCCUGCGCCGGCCGCCGCCCUUGGCAACCAGCCGUGGGGAGUGCCCGGGGUCUCUCCUGCGUUCCCCGCGCCCCGGGGCCAGGCCCAAGCCGGUGACUGCGCGCGGGCGGCCGAGGAGCCCCGCGUCCUGGGCUGGCCGGCUCGGGCGAUGGCCGCGGGAAGGAGCGGACCCAGUGUCCUCCUGCCCCUCCCCGCCCCUGUCACCGCGGCCGCCUGUCUUUUCGGGUCGACCCGGAUCGCAUCUGUGAGGUCGCCCUCAGUUGACAGGCGGGGAAACUGAGGCCGGGGGGAGGGGGGGCCUCGCUCAAGGUCACGCAGCUCAUCGGCGGCGGGGCUGGACCGAGACCAGGGCUUACAUCGGGUGGCCUUCCUCCCGAAAAGGAGGACUGGAGGGACGAGGAUGGACAGGUCUGCUACCGCUGCCACGGCCCCCCCUGCUGCCCCGGCUGGGGAGGGUGGUCCCCCUGCACCCCCUCCAAACCUCACCAGUAACAGGAGACUGCAGCAGACCCAGGCCCAGGUGGAUGAGGUGGUGGACAUCAUGAGGGUGAACGUGGACAAGGUCCUGGAGCGAGACCAGAAGCUGUCGGAGCUGGACGACCGUGCAGAUGCACUCCAGGCGGGGGCCUCCCAGUUUGAAACAAGUGCAGCCAAGCUCAAGCGCAAAUACUGGUGGAAAAACCUCAAGAUGAUGAUCAUCUUGGGAGUGAUUUGCGCCAUCAUCCUCAUCAUCAUCAUAGUUUACUUCAGCACUUAAAUCCCCGAGGAGUCUGCCCUGCCUAGAGAAGGGCCUCUCCCCCCACCCUCAGCCGUUCCUCCACCUCUCAGCCAUAUCUUUCAGCCCCCCCUCCCCUGGAUCCGUGUGUGUGUGUCCGUGUGUGUGUCCCCCUGUAAAUAGCCAGCUGUUAUUUAUACAUAUAUAAUAUUAUAUAUAUUUGGUCUGUUUGUAGUUUUAUUACUAGAUGAUUUUUCCGGUUGUCCUUAACAACCCUUCCUGAGGUUCCCUUCACCUCCUCUCUCUUGCCUUCCUUCCCUUUCCCUUUCUUCCUGACUAGCCCCAAGUCCCUUCAUUUGCAUCUGCUAUGCAAUAGUCCCUCUCCUUUCCUUCUUCUUCCCUCAGAUUUAGCUGAUCCUUCCUCCCACCCUGGCCUUCCUUUCCUCUUUCCUCCUCACUCUCCCCGUCAUGCUCCCUCUGCCCCGCCCUCAAAAAAAAAAAAAAAAAAAAACAAAAAAAAAAAACAGCACCUGUCCAGGCUUCCUUAGGUGCAUCUUCUUUGUAUCCAUUGGGAGGCUCUGAGACUGGCCCCACUUGGUCCUAAGAAUCCCAAGGUCUUUGGGAGCGUCCAGCAUGUUAAUUAGCGUAUCAUUACAUACUGCCAUCCCUUUCCAUUUCUUUUUGUUCCAUCACUCUUCUCUCAACCUGUGUUUCUUUUUUUACUGAGAAGUUAGUCCCCAUUAGUUCUUGUAUCACAUUUUCAUUUGCACGACAUUACUCGCAGGUGGUGGGGAGCCUGGGCUUUUGGGGAACCAGGCUGCUCUGGCCCCCAGCAUUGCCUCCUCCUAGCCCCUCUAGUCCAGUUUGCCUCCCUUACCCUCAUUUUCCAAACCUCUUGUACCCUCCUCUCCCUCCCCCAGCUGGUAUGUAAGUGUCUUGAAGUUCAGUAUGUUAUGAUGGACCAAUAAUUCUGCCACUUCGGGUUUCUCCCUACAUUCCUGCUCCCCAGUUUUCAUGUGGGGUACUCAACUGACAUUCCCAUGGGGUUUCCCUCCCAUCUGCCUGAUCCACCUCCUCCUCCCACCAGGAGAGUUGGGGGUUGGCCACAAUUGAUCUCUUGUGAGAGGGGUGGCUACCAGUGUGUGUGUGGGGGUCAUCACUGCCUUGGGGAGGAGUGGGGCAGGGCAGAGAAUCCCCCCAAUUCCUGCCUGAAAUCUCUGGCCUCACCCCUGCUGGGGGUUGGACUGAAAACCCUCCUCCCCAAUUUGGGGGGUGUUGCCCCAUCACUGCCCAGCUUCUCUGACUGCCCCCCCUGAAUUUAGGGUGGGGGUACUAGUCACUGCCAAUGUGUGUAUGGGACUUGCUGGAAAACGGGGAUGCUCGCCCCUCUCCAGGACUAUUGAGCCCAGAGAGAGCUGUCCUCUCAUUGGGUGAACUGAUUGAGGAAGGGUCUAUUGUCUUUUUAAAUGGCACAAUUUUAAGGGUUUGAGGGUACAGUCCCUUAACCUGCCACGGGAGGGGGCCCCCACACUUUCUUCCCCCCACACUUCUGGUUUUCUGUGUGGAGGGGGAGCAGGGAUAUCUAAGCUGUGGUGUGAAAGGGUAGGAGAGAUGCUGGAGGUGGGGGUGCUGUGUUCUAGACCCCCCAUAUUAUCCCAGUGUCCCCUGCCCCCCUCUUCCCCCACCCCAUGCCCCCAAUUCUGUGGCGCAUCCAGAUUGUGAAAAUGUACAAUAAAUGUGUAAUGAGUAACCAGG